GUCAUGUAACAGAAUACAAAUUUAAGAAUUGAUUAUUUGAUGAUACUUAUUAUAAUAAUACGACUUACCCUUCUGUGUAUUCAGCUUGUAAUAAGCCCAGGUAAGAUUCCCACUUGUUGGCAAUAACUUUGCCACAGGUAAAACACCUUACUGGAAUGAUCAUUGUUAUUUGAAACUUUCUUUUACUUAGAAACUAAAUUUUACAAAAAUGCAAAGUAAAUAAAUGCUUUACAGAAAUCCGACAAUACUGGUAUUUUGGAAAUGUUUAAUUCUUAUCUUAUCAACGAAAAACGUAAAAUUGUUGACAAUCAAAAAUUUAUGAUUAGUCGCCUAUCUUUUUUUUUUUUUGGGAACCACUGGUUUUUUUUUUUUUUAUCAAACAUUUAUUUAAAUGUAUAUUUUUUUUUUCUAUAGUGUAGACAGUAAACUUAGUACUUUAGUAGGUGGGCCCGGACUCAGAUAAAGUAAAUUAGUUGUGGAUAAAAACUAUUGUGUGUUGGAAUAGUUACACUAAUACGCAUCUGUUGUUAUUUUUCGGAGUUAUAUAAUACCGUGAGUAUAAUUUAAAAUAUAAAAUAUUAUGCUUAACUGCGUAAGUACACAUUUAAUAAUACCUCAUAAUAAUAUUUUCAAUUAAUGUAGCCGACAGAAAAACUGAAAGGUUAAUUAUACUUAAGUAUUUCGCUACUGUCUUCCUUGGUCAAUCAUGGAUGACGACAAUUCGGCAAGUACCUCAGCCGGGAUCGUGAUUGGCCAGUCUGAUGUAGCGGAAGUUGCCCAAAACACUCUGUUGAAUAACAGUAGUUCGGUAGUGAAUUAUCCACCAGAUGACGAAGAUCUCGAUGAUGCGGCAGCCACAGUUGAAGCAACACGUGACACUUUGGCAGAUGGUCUAGUAGCCCGUUUGCUCAGACCGUGUGUCGAUAGAUUGGAUGCUUCUGUUCAGUCAACCCGGUAACUUUUGUAUUGUUAAUAUUAUUAUUUAUUGCAUUGAUUCUACCUAAAUAAUUAUAAUGACAUUAUUGAUACUAAAUUAUUUUUCUGAUCCAUAUAAUUGUUUUUUCCAUGCAUGCUUAUUUGGCAUAAGAUUAAGCCAACUCGACUUGAAAGUACAACUUGACUCGUUAGCAGCUGAACUGAAAAGCUUGUCAUUGGCACAAAACGACUAUCUGCUUACUACUGCAUCAAUUCCUUCACCUCAAUCGCCUGUUGCUUCUGACAAUAAAACAUCACCUACAGCUAUUUUAAAUAAGGUAGCUAUGGACACGUGUGUCUUAUUGGAUGGGCACGCAAACAGAUUGAGUUGUGCUCGUGCCAAGAUAGCAGUUGUUGGUAACAUACUGGAGUCUACACAGGUACAAUAAACAUUAACUACUAACUAGUGAGAUUAACAAACUAGAAAUACUAUGUAAAUUCCACUAAAUUAUGCACAGUUAACUUAUCUGUUAUUACUUAUAUCUAUGUUUUAUUCUACAUACAUUAUUAUUAAUUAUUAUUAUAUUAUUCAUACAUUUUUUAAAUUAAUUCUUUUAAAUUACAUAUAUAUUUGUUCUAAAUGAAUAUCAAAGUUUAAACUUAGUCUUAAACGAAACAAAAAAAUUGUUAAAACAAAUAAUUCUAAAUAUUGAAAACUAAGUAAUAUGUUUCUAAAUAUAUUCAUUAUUCUCUACUAACAAUAUAAAGUUAUCAAAUUAAUUAAACAUAUUGUGUGUUCAUUAAUACAUUUUUAUAUAUAAUUAACCAUCAUUAUAAUAGUGUAUUUGUAUUGAUCUUUUCACUUUGUUGUAUUAAACAAAAUAGAUUUCAUAUUAUCAUACAGGACACAAAUAGCAUAAUACUUCUACUUAUUUUUACAUGAAAUUUAAUUUUAAAAUUUAAAUUGUAAUGUUUGUAUAGAAGUUAACCUCAUUAGUAAAUAAUUAAGUAAAAAUAAAAUCAUUAAAAUGGUUAAUACUCGUAAAUUAAUGUAUAACUAAAAAAUGUAUGUAAUGUAUAAAAAAAAAAUUAAUUAUUAAUGAUAAGUGUAUUAUAUGACUGGUUUCAAAUUAACAAUUCAUCAUCCGGUAUACCUGAUAAUAUACUCUAUAUAAAUACUAUAUAAGUGUAUACACGUAUCAUAAUACUCAAGGCGCAUUAAUUAAUUAAUUAAUUUUUUAUUUAUAUAUUUAUUUACUAUACCCAUUAAUAACAUAAUUAUAUAAUUUAAUUUUUUUGUUUAUUUAUUGGUGUAUUUAAUGGGUUUUGUUUGGUUUAUUAAAUGAAACAGGAUCGCCUGCGAGCACUUUCACACCGUAUUGGACGUGAACACAAUAACCGACGCUCAUUAUUAGAACCUCAGAUAGUGCAGACUAGUGUUAUGGUUGAAGAAUCAAAACAAGAAGGUGAAUGCAUAGAAGAAUUGAAUUUUCAAGAUAGUGACAGCCCUGAUUUAGAAAAAUUGCCAACAGAUGAUAUCAACAAGAUACCUCCAGAAGACCAAGUGCUGCAACAAUCAAUUGUCAAUGUGACAUCACCAACAUUGUCAUGAUAGUUUGUAAGACAUAGUUCAGUUCAGGUAUAAUAAUUGUUGUGUAAUAAUUUAACAAAUAAAAAAUAAUUGUAUUUUUUAAUUGCAGAUAUGAUGUGCUACAUUCAAUAGCUUGAAUAUUUGCUGUUUGGUAAAAAUCUGACCAUAUAUCACAAAAUGAAUGUGUCUAGGAUUUUUCUGCAAAAAAUUUAACCACUGCCAUUGUGGAGUGCAUGUUUAAUGUACAUUCCAAAAACAAUUAAAUAAUUAUUACUGUUAUAUUAAAUUAAAAUGUUAUUAAUGUUAUAUUGUGUGCUUCACUAUAGUCCAUUUAUAUCAUUACGUUAUAUUUAAUACUUAUAUAGUUUUUAUAUACAUCUAUUUUUUUAUUUUUGUACUACAACUAUAGUACAUCAUAUUUUUUAGCACUUAAUUUGAGGAUCUUUAGUAUAUUAUUACGCUAUUUUAUUUUAUCAUUGUUGGGUUUUUACUAUUCCCUUGAAUGGGUUGAAUAUAAUACAUAUUGAAUACAUAUUACUAUUAA